AUGGUGUUCUUCCACAAGCGCAAAGCAUGCUCAACUCCAGACCGGCCGCGCGCCGCGUCAUGGGAGCGGUGCGUGGUGAUGGUGCUGCUGCCGCUCAUGGUGCUCUACACCGUGGGCCACUGGAUGGCCCCCUCGUGCAACCCUAACGUCGCCGUCAUGCUCGAGAGCCGCUCGCUCGCCAUGAGCGCGAAGAAACUUUCUAUGGGCUUCUGGCAGACCACGGACGAGUCUGACAGGGAGAAUGGCGACGCGCGCUCGAAGCUGUUUCUAGACGAAGACCCGUGGAAAUGCGACGCGAGCGAUGCGAUCGGCGAUUGCCCUGUGCGACGAGCCGACGCGGUCUUCGUGGCCGCGGGCUCUGUGUCGCAGCGUGUGCACGCGGUGUGCGCGGCGUACGCGCUGACGGCCGUGACCAACAUGCCGACGCUCGCCCUCUGGCCCGCCGACCGCCACCUGCCCGCCACCACGUUCCGCCACCUCUUCCGCCUCGCGCACGACCCCGCGCCUUCCCCCGCGUCAUCCCGCGCGCGCGGCGAGAGCGGGCGCGAGGGGGGCGUGUGGGUACAGGACACGCCCGCCGAGGCGGGCAUGUUGAGGCGCGCGCUCAAGGGCCGCCGACGGGUGGCGUUCAUGCCAUGCAAGAACACGACGGACGGCAAGCCCGCGCCGUCCGCCAGCGGGCUGCCGUUCAAGGUCUUUCUGUCGCCGGCCGUGCGGGAGAAAUCCACCGGCCCCCUGCGCGUCGACGCGUGCGCGUUCGAGCGCGAGGUGGACUCGUGUCUGGCCGCGAUUCGCCCGUCGGCCGCCGUGGCGGCGAUUGUGGUGGAGGAGGACCUGGCGCGCGUGGCGGCGUCCAGUGCCGUGCUGGUUGACCCACCUUCCUUUCCCUUUCCUCAUUUCCGCUGCCCCCCUCCUUUCCCCUGCCCCCCUCCUUUCCCCCUGCACACUGCCAACAAUGGCACCUCUCUCCUCCUCGCUCUCUUCACCCACCAGCAACUGACACAAGGCGUGUGCUCCGGCUGCACCGCCAACUCCAACCGUUCUGCACCGCACUGCGCCAUGCGGCGAGUGACAAUGGAGUAUCUGUACGACCCAGCAGUGAGCUUCACAGCGGGAGGCCUCAACACGUCGGACGUCACGGUGCUCAGCAGCUACUUCAGCCCUCUCAGAACCCCGCUCGUGCUCAAAAGCACCCAGCAGCGGAAUGCGUCGUGCCGCGUCGGGGGAGUGGAGGGGAGGGAAGAGGGGGAGGGUGAGAGGAGGGAGUUGGUGGAGAGUGGGGAGGAGGAUCGGGUGGUAGGCGGAGUGAAUGGGAGCGUGGUGGCGGGGGGAGGAGGUGCAGGGCUGGUGGUGCAACGCGGGUUGGAUCGAGCGCUUGGGGCGCAAGUGACGAGGUGCAGCCAGCUGCAGGUGGCAGAGCUGUUCACGCUCAGCUUCGCCCGGGGGCUGCUGGCAGUGAACCGAUCCUCCAUAGAAGCGCGCUUCGUUACAGCGCAAGGCCGCGCGCGGUCGGCGUCGUUCGGCGUGCACCGGUCGGUGUGCGAGUCGGUGGAGCUGCGGCCAAUUAUAAAACAGAAGUGGGCCAUGUUCACUCAAGUGGAAGGCAUGUCACACGCCUCGCCAGAGACUCUAAAGCUGGUGGGUGCAUCAAGCCCAAUGCGCUCCACGGCCCAUGCCCAUUCCUUCCCCCUCUCCAUUCCUCCUCCCCUCCCAUUUUUUCCCCCUGCCAUGCCUUCUUUCGUGCGCCCUUCUCCAGAAAAACUUAAGCUCAUGGUGUGCACGAUGCCCAAGGUAGCAGCCAACUCGUGGCUCAUGUGGCUGCGCGCCAUGCUGGGGCAGCCGCACCCAGAGGACCCCAUUCUCGCGCUGGACCCGCGGCGGGCGGGGUGGCACAUGCUGACGCUGCACUUCACGGAGCAGCAGGCGGUGCAGCAGGUGACCCGCCCGGACUUGUUCAAGUUCACCUUCGUGCGCAACCCCUUCUCCCGCGUGCUCUCCGCCUACUCCAACAAGCUCGUCAUCACGGAUGCGCCCCAUAACAAGACCGGGCCCGGGUCCAGAGAGUAUUGGAACGAGCAAUUCUUCAAGUACAUUCGGCCGCAUUGGGAGAAGGUGAAGGGAAAGGACGACCUGGUGUCGUUCCCUGACUUUGUGAAGCUCGUGGCGAAGCUCAUGCAGAACCACCGCUGGCGCAUGGACCGCCACAUUGCAUCCCAGUCGGACAUUUGCUUCAUGGACAAGAUCAAGUACGACUUUGUGGGGCGGUUUGAGAAUCUGGAGGAGGAUGCCAAGUAUGUGGUGAACCGAUUCGGAGGCGACCAUCUCGACAUCUUCAACUUCGGGGUCAACGCGCACCAGACCCGCGCCGACACCAAGCUUGCGAAAAAAUACGACAAGGAAACAUACGAGCUGGUGAAGCGAGUGUUCGCGCGCGACCUACACAUCCCUCUCAACAACAUCACUCAACAAGCCCCCUCUGUCCUUGUGGACAUGUUCGAGACAAAAUAA